CUUUGCCUGCGUUGAAUUACGUCAGAUUGUCACUCACCUCAGUUCAUCAGUUGUCAUGUGUUAUUCAUUGUAGGUGUCAAUUUAGUUAUUGCUUAGUUUUUCAGUUUUAACCCAAAUUAAAAUAAUGAAAGAAGGUAAAAAACCAUUUUAUAGAUAUUGCCUCGUACCACUGUGCCGAAAUACUAAAAGACGGACACCAAGCAAAAUAUUUUUUUCUAUUCCAAGAAAUGCGAAAAUACGUAAACAAUGGUGUAAAGUUAUGAGAAAAAAAGAGAAAUUAUCUCCAAAUACGGCCUUAUAUUGUUGCGAAGAUCACUUCAAUAUUGAGGAAGAUACGAUCAAUUAUAUUCAAUACAAAAUCAUGAAACAACAAGGGCAAAGAGUUGUAUUAAAGCUAAAGCCAGAAGUUUUGCCUCAUAUAUUUCAGUGCCAAAAGCGAAAUAUGCCAAAAAAAGAGAGAACAUGUGCUGUUAAGAGGCAACGAUUAUCAGUAAUAAAUGACGCUCUUUCGGAUUUUUCUAACAAUAGUGCAAAUAAUUUACAAGGUAAAACUUCACAAGCAAAUUGUUAUGAUACAAGGCACAGUACUUUUCAGUGUCCGCAGAGGCCCAGUCCCACUGUGGAUAACAUUGAAACGGAGACAAGUACCUGCAAUGUGAAUGUAUUUCAAACAGUACCUGGUACUUCCACUGUGUAUGUUUUUGAAACUGAUCCUAGUACAUGUAUUAUGGGUGCCUUUGAAACAGAGUCUUGUAUUCCGAGUGUUGAUGUCUGUGGAACAGAGCCCAGAAACUCUGCUAUGGAAGUCAUUAAAACAGAGCCCUGUACCUCUAGUCUGGAUGUGUCUGAAACAAAGGACAAUUACUCUACUGUGGAUGUCUUUGAAACAGAAUCUUUUACCUCUAAUGUGGAUGUGUUUGAAACAAAGGACAAUAUCUCUACUGUGGAUGUCUUUGAAACAGAAUCUUUUACCUCUAAUGUGGAUGUGUUUGAAACAAAGGACAAUAUCUCUACUGUGGAAGUCUUUCAAACAAAGGACAAUAUCUCCACUGUGGAUGUUAUUAAAACUGAAUCCCUUACCCUUGAUGUGGAUGUGUUUGAAACAAAGGACAAUAUCACUUCUGUGGAAGUUAUUGAAACAAAGGACUCUACUGUAGAUGUUAUUGAAACUGAAUCCCUUACCUCUAAUGUGGAUGUGUUUGAAACAAAGGACAAUAUCUCUUCUGUGGACAUCUUUGAAAUAGAGUCCAGUGCCGCUAGUCUGGAUGUGUUUGAAACAAAGGACAAUAUCUCCAGUGUGGAUGUUAUUAAAACUGUAUCCCUUAGCCUUGAUGUGGAUGUGUUUGAAACAAAGGACAAUAUCUCUUCUGUGGAAGUCAUUGAAACAAAGGACAAUAUCUCUACUGUGGAUGUCUUUGAAAUAGAACCUCGUACCUCAAAUGUGGAUGUGUUUGAAACAAAGAACAAUAUCUCUACUGUGGACAUCUUUGAAAUAGAGUCCAGUGCCGCUAGUCUGGAUGUGUUUGAAACAAAGGACAAUAUCUCCACUGUGGAUGUUAUUAAAACUGAAUCCCUUAGCCUUGAUGUGGAUGUGUUUGAAACAAAGGACAAUAUCUCUUCUGUGGAAGUCAUUGAAACAAAGGACUCUACUGUAGAUGUUAUUGAAACUGAAUCCCUUACCUCUAAUGUGGAUGUGUUUACAGAGCCUACCAGUGAAAACUUUUCUAAAACAAUUUCCCGUACAUCGCACAUUAAAGACUCUAGUGUUAAAAAACCAUUAAAAUGUAGUAAAGCUGUGCAAGUAAAUAUUAAACCUAAGUUUAGAAGUAAAGGUGUUCAAACUGAUUUCGAUCGUGUGAAUAAGAAAAGUAAAACUCAGAAUAAUGUAGCUCAAUAUAAAAAAGGGAAAUAUUUAUCUCUUCCACCACAAAAUAUUGCAACAUCAACAAAUUUUGCACACUCUGUGUGCACUGCUCCUCUAACGAUGCAGAUGUCCAUCGGCGGCGGUAACCAUUUAACAUCAAAUGGCACUGUCCGAUCGUUUGUCCCCCGUAUUCUAAAAAGAAAAAACAAAAAAGCUAAUAGAACAUUUACAAAGUUUAAGUCAUAAUUCGAUGGCCAAGAUGAUAAAACAUUUAUUCCUUCU